AACGCCCACACGCGAUUGCGUCGCGGGACGAGUGGAGGACGGUUCAAACCCAGCGGUGACUUCUAUUGGCUGUGCGCGACACGAGGCGGGGUCGGACGUCCUUGUAACGUCAUCACGCCGCGGUCCGGACGUUCGAGCCCCAGUCUAGAGCCCGCCGGUGACUGAACGCACUCUUGGUUGUCUUGUAUCUUCUGCUUUGGGCCGCCGGCAACGAAUCCCAGGAGCGAGUGGUUCUAGUGAGUGUGGGUAUUGGUGGGAGGCCUGGCAGGCGAGCACAGGAACUCUUUCGGGUUCCGUACUCCGCGAGCCCUGGCCUGUUUGGUGAGGCCAACCGACGCCGCGCCCUGCGUCUGUAAAGGGUGUGGCUGCCGGAGCGCCGUCGCGCAUGCGCGCUGGGUGGGCGAGGGGGAGCGCUUCUUUGCGCGUGCGCGUCCGCUUCCGCUCUGCCACAGACCCUGGGAACGCUGCGGGCCCUAGUACCCUAGACGCUCCCCUUGCGGCCCCAUUGACCCGCUGUUACGCCGGCCUCCCUGUUGCCUGGGGCAACCUAGAGAGGCCACCCUCGCAGCCUGGUGCGCAGGCGCGGCCGGGCCGGUGGCUGGCCGCAGGGACAAGGGAGGUCGCUUGAGUUCAGGGCGGCCUCAACUUCCACCUAGCGUCGUGGACCCCAUGCCUGCGGGACAGCCAGGCAGUGAAAAAGCAGUCUGGCUCCCGAGGUCUACUCCCUACACCCCAAGGUCCAGAUGGCGGCCAACGUGGGUGAUCAGCGCACUGCAGACUGGUCUUCUCAGUACAGCAUGGUGGCUGGGGCCAGCAGAGAAAAUGGAAUGGAGACUCCUAUGCAUGAGAACCCAGAGUGGGAGAAGGCCCGCCAGGCCCUGGCCAGCAUCAGCAAAGCAGGGGCUGCCAGCAGUUCCAAAGCCAGUAGCAGUGGGCCUGUGGCCAGUGCACAAUACGUUUCUCAGGCAGAAGCCUCGGCUUUGCAGCAGCAGCAGCAACAGUACUACCAGUGGUACCAACAGUACAACUAUGCCUAUCCUUACAGCUACUACUACCCCAUGAGCAUGUACCAGAGCUACAGCUCCCCCUCUCAGUAUGGGAUGGCCAGCUCCUACGGCUCAGCUACAGCCCAGCAGCCAUCGGCUCCCCAGCACCAAGGGACUCUAAACCAGCCUCCAGUCCCUGGCAUGGAUGAGAGUAUGGCCUACCAGGCUUCCCCUCAGCAGCUACCUGCAGCCCAACCCCCUCAGCCCUCAAACCCACAACAUGGGACACAUAGUUUAAACAACGGCCCUCAGUCUGGAACAGCCCCAACCACUCAGCACAAUCAGGCAGGGGCUCCUACAGGACAGACCUAUGGGCCACACAGCUACAGUGAACCUGCCAAACCCAAGAAGGGUCAGCAGUUGUGGACCCGCAUGAAACCAGCCCCUGGGACUGGAGGUCUAAAAUUUAACAUCCAGAAGAGGCCCUUUGCUGUCACCAACCAGAGCUUCAGCUCCAAUUCAGAGGGUCAACACAGUGGCUUUGGACCCCAGCCCAAUUCCGAGAAAACUCAGAAUCACAGUGGGCCUUCUGGCCGGGGAAACCUGUCUGGGAAGCCAGAUGAUUGGCCUCAGGACAUGAAGGAAUAUGUGGAACGGUGUUUUACCGCCUGCGAGUCAGAAGAGGACAAGGACCGGACAGAGAAACUGCUCAAGGAGGUGCUACAGGCCCGGCUCCAGGAUGGCUCUGCCUACACCAUCGACUGGAGCCGAGAGCCUCUGCCUGGACAAUCUUGGGCUUGGUCCCUUUCCUGCACCACAGUGGCUGAGUUGCCGGGGCUGACCAGGGAGCCUGUGGCUGAGAGCCCCAAGAAGAAGCGGUGGGAGGCCCCUAGCAGCCUUCACCCUUCCAGGGGGGCAGGCUCUGUGACAAGGGGCGGGGGUGCCCAAUCCCAGCGAGGGACACCUGGGGCUGGGGGUGCUGGCCGAGCUCGGGGUAGCAGCUUCGCCAAGUUCGGCAACCGCAACGUCUUCAUGAAGGAUAACAGCUCUUCCUCCAGCACGGAUUCGCGCUCCCGCUCCUCAUCUAGGUCUCCUACCCGACACUUCCGGAGAAGUGACUCACACUCAGACUCUGACAGCUCCUACUCAGGGAAUGAGUGCCACCCUGUAGGCCGCAGGAACCCACCCCCCAAGGGUCGGGGAGGUCGCGGGGCUCACAUGGAUCGAGGUCGAGGCAGGGCGCAGCGUGGAAAGAGACAUGACCUAGCUCCCACCAAACGCAGCCGCAAGAAGAUGGCAGCACUGGAGUGUGAGGACCCAGAGCGUGAACUUAAGAAGCAAAAGAGGGCAGCCCGCUUCCAGCAUGGGCACUCACGUCGCCUGCGCCUUGAACCUUUGGUGCUACAAAUGAGUAACCUGGAAAGCAGUGGAGCUGACCCUGACUGGCAGGAGCUGCAGAUUGUGGGCACCUGUCCUGACAUCACAAAGCAUUAUCUGCGGCUCACCUGCGCCCCAGACCCAUCAACUGUGCGACCUGUCGCUGUUUUGAAGAAGUCUCUGUGCAUGGUCAAGUCCCACUGGAAGGAGAAGCAGGACUAUGCCUUUGCCUGUGAGCAGAUGAAGUCCAUUCGACAGGACCUGACAGUGCAAGGCAUCCGGACGGAGUUCACUGUGGAGGUGUAUGAGACCCAUGCCCGCAUUGCCUUGGAAAAGGGUGACCAUGAAGAAUUCAACCAGUGCCAAACACAGCUUAAGUCGCUGUACGCGGAGAAUUUAGCAGGCAACGUGGGUGAAUUUACUGCAUACCGAAUUCUCUACUACAUCUUCACCAAGAACUCUGGAGACAUCACUACGGAACUGGCAUACCUCACGAGGGAGAUGAAGGCAGACCCCUGCGUGUCACACGCAUUGGCACUGAGGGCAGCCUGGGCCCUGGGCAACUACCACCGCUUCUUCAAGCUCUAUUGCCAUGCACCUUGCAUGUCUGGCUACCUUGUGGACAAGUUUGCAGACCGGGAGCGCAAGGCCGCCCUCAAGGCCAUGAUCAAAACGUAUGUGGCACUGCACUCUGCUGCCUUCUGUGCUGUGGCUCUGCCACAUCCCCUCCACAUCCUGGUCAGCCUUCAGCUUCUCUGCUGGAGUCCCCUCCCAAUCCCCUGUUCACACCCCUGGCCCUCAUUGCUUUCCUCCUCAGCCACCUUCAGUUCCAGGUUUUCUCCCACUGUUCUGACCUCACUGCUCCUGGUGUCAUGUCCUGUCCUUCCCUGUACUCCUGUUACGUCAGUUUGGAACCUGGUUUAUUUUCCCUUUUCAGGGUCUUUGCCUGCAGCUAGAUGCUGCUCUUCCUGACACUAGAAAGGGUGACUUGGCUCAUAUUGCUAGCAGUCUCUUGAGAUGACACCUUGUGCCCAUUCCAUUUUUGACUGUCAGAAGUCUUGGACUGGGGACUUGUGGCAACAAGGGUGGUAUUGCAAGGCAUCAGAUGGCAUGAUGCUUGCCCAUAUGAGGAAGAGAUUCCCAACACCACUGCACACACCUCUCCAGAUAUUUUUGCUUGUGGAUGCUGCUGCCAUAUAGUGGGUAGGGACCAGGGAUGUUGUGCAACAAAAUGACCGGCAGCAGUGUGUGCCAGUCUUGCCAAGGUUGAAAAACCCUGGUCAAGAGCUCUGUCAAAAGUCUUGAGGGGCCUUAAAUGCCAGGCUAGGCAGCAGUGUUUUGUCAUUAGUGGUUCCAUUAUAGUAGGAUUUACAAUCUAUGGCAUCAAGGGGGGGGACUGGCUCCAGAUUUGAUUAGCUGGAAUGAAUGGACAUCAGGCUACUCUGCCUUUUGUAAUCUAGUAAGCCACUUGGUGGGCAGCUUUCAAGCUCUGGCCUGUGUUGACCUCAUUCUCACAGCACCUUUUCUAUGAACUUAGCACAGCAGACAGAUAUCCGACUUGUGUUCCUGCCAUAGCCUAAGGCAGGCUGUUCUGUCCCAGGGCCAUGGGUUGCCUGGGUUCCAUUCUAAGUGGUUAAAGGGUUUUGGUGGCCUUCAGGAGAGGUUCCCCAGAAUUAGUACAUGUACACAAUUAGGGCAUCUUAGUAGCAACCUGAAGGCACUGCUGAGUGUAACACUCUGUGCGAACAUCCUGUGGGGAGGGGCGCCAUUGUCCCUACCCUCUGAGCCCAUGUACCACUUACUCUGUCUGGCUCCAGCUCCUCAGUCAGCAGAGGAGCCAAGCUGGGCCCUUUCCCUCCUGCCCCCUCCUUCCUGAACAGGUAAGUGUGGGCAAGGGGGGGCACAGCUGGGCACUGGGGCUACCAACCCCAUCCCUUGCCCCCCCAAGCCCCUGAUAAUGGGGAGGUUGGGAGGGGCUGCAGAAGCCAGCAGGUUCCUUGCUGAGGAAAAUGCAAGCCCAGAUGGGGAGCAUUGCUCUCUGCUCUUGGGCCCUCCCUUGUCUGCUUGCCUCAUCAUUUUCUCCUCUUGUCUCCAUAGCUUCCGCCCUGCGCUGCCCGUCUCCUACCUGCAGGCCGAGUUGGCCUUCGAGGGCGAGGCCGCCUGCCGGGCCUUCCUAGAGCCCUUGGGCCUGUCCUACACGGGCCCGGACAACUCCAGCGUGGACUGCCGCCUCAGCCUGGCGCAGCUGCCAGCCUUCUGAGCACCCAUCGAGCACGGGCGGGGGCAGGGCUGUGGCCCAGCGCCGCCUUUUCAAAUUUUGUUUUUGAGCCAUGGACAUGGGUUGUAAAAAUUUGUGGGGAGUAGGCUCCAGGAAGAGCCAGCAUCCCUACCCCCGUUUCCCACCGGGGACCUGUACAGAGAUUUUUCUACGUUUUUAUUUUUUGUCUCAGAGGGGAUAAUUGGGAGUAUAUAGUGGAGCAGGGUGGGGUGGGGGCUACAGGUUCUGUGUCCACCUCUCACCUCCACUAAUGCUGUCUCAGUGUUUUUUCUCUCUCUCUCUCGAGCUUGUACUCCAGCACCUGACUCUGCGUGCUGGCCCAUCCCAUGCUGGGGGGCCAGCAGAAAGAAGACAGGCUGUCCAGCCCGCACCCGCCUGCAGUGGGCCACCAGCCAGCCACACCCAUUGCCUCAUCUGCCUCUUCAUAGACUCUUGCUGCCCAGCCAUUGGGGCCUCAGUGUUUGGGGUGAGGGAAGCCACUUAAAGACUAUGCCCCACCUUCAGCUCCUCACCCCAGAAACGCCAGCCAGCACCACCAACACAACCAGACCAGCGCCGCACCGCACUGAGGACUCCAAGGCCUUCGCGGGACCAUGCCAGCCGGGCUGCCUCGUCUUACUCAAGUUGUAUUAAGUUGUCUCCGUGUCCCUUCCUCCCUCUGCCCCAAUGUUUCUUCUGAUUUUUUUUUUCUUUCCCUCCCUCCCUCUUCCUCUUCCCUUCCUACUCCCUGGUUCAACACAGGUAAAAUGGUUACCCUCCCUUCUUUCCUCCCCUCUGCCUUCAUGGAUCACCAGCUCACGUCACGUUUCCUUCUCUUUUCUCUGUGUGUGUGUUUAUUUAAGUUACUUUUCUUCCUUCUCCCCUUUUCUUUUUGCCCCCCCCCCCCUUCUGCCAUGUAACUGGAGGAUGUGCUAUGAGGUUGCAAACAGCUGGACUGUCAGGCUGCUUUUUUUCCAGAUGCCUCCCUGCCUCCCCUCCCUACCUCUCCCCUCCCCUUCCUUCAUUCUCCUUGAGCAUUGAGUACAGUACAUUUUGGAAGCUUGAAACCAAAAUUAAAGAGAGAGAGAGUGAGAA